UGUACCAGGGAAACGUUUAUAUCUAACGGGUUGACACAUAAAAAAAAACCGUUUAGGCUAAUUUAGAGAUUUGACAAUAUGUAUUUAUCUCUGGUGACUUAAAAUGUGUAACGUUAAUGAAAUCAAACUGACCGACCAUGAGCCCCGCCUCUUAUUCAGGACGUUUUCGCCACUGUUCGGUUCAUAUUCAUGUCUGAGGAAGAUGUUUCCUGUAACACAGUGAAACCGGAAUAUUUCGAGAAUAUUACGGAGGACUGCUUAUGAAUGGGUUUGUUUUAAAUAUCCUGCGAGGAGAAAACGGAGCUAACCGCUAGCGCCUCGGUGAGAGGAGUGGUGUGUGAGCAUUGUGUGAAACCGGGGAUUCUUUAUGUUUGUACUAAGACAUUUGACUCAGGAAUGGAGGACGGCUUGGCGUCAGAAGACGAUAUCUUGCUGCACUCAGAGAAGGUGUUUCACAAUGCUGCCAAACGGAAUGACACAGGAAAGAUGCUGGAGCUUAUUAGGAAAGGGGUAGACAUCAAAGUUAAAAAUAAAGAAGACAGGAAGGCACUACACUGGGCUGCAGGUGCAGGCAGUGAAGAUGCUCUGCGUUUGUUGCUUGAGCACGACACUGAGCUGGAUGAUGUCGACAGCUUUGGGAUGAGCCCACUGCUGUUGGCAGCAUGGUUUGGUUACCUUAAAAUAUUGCAGAUCCUUGUAUCAUCUGGUGCAAAACUCAACUGUGAAAACAAAAAUGGGUUGAAUCUUUUGCACUGUGCUGCUCAGCGAGGUCAUAUCCAUAUUCUGGAGUACAUCAUGGAAGAUCUGGAGGAUGUACGACUUGACAGAACUGACAAGUCAGGUAAGACAGCAUUUCAUCUGGCAGCGGAACAUGGACAGUUGGAGGUUGCAGAGUAUCUUAUUGGCAUGGGUUGCGCUCAUGACCUCAAGGACAAGGAGGAGAACACAGCACUCCAUCUGGCUGCGAAACACGGCCAUGAAGAGGUUCUUCAGAAGAUAUUGGAGACAGGGGAGAACAUCAAUGAGAAGAAUAUUGAUGGUCUGACUGCUUUACACUUGUCUGUGGAUGGGGGGCAUUAUAACUGUGUCAAGCUGCUGCUUGAGGCUCACUGCAAUGUAAAUGAACUUACAAAUAUGAAUAUGACGGCUCUUCACAUUGCAGUCCAGCAUGGAUUAGAAAAAGAGGUCAGGUUGCUUGUGGAGGCCAGAGUAAAUGUGGACUCAGUAGACACUAAUCAUACCACCGCACUACACUUGGCAGUGUUCAACAAUUACCCAGAGAUUGUUAAAAUACUAAUUGAUGCAGGUUGUGACUUGGAUGCUUUAGAUGGGCGGCUUCAAACAGCCCUGCACGUAGCAGCAGAACACGGACGCCAAAACAUAGCUGAGCUCAUCCUUAUUGCUGGGAUCAAUCUCAGAAUUCUUGACAAGCAGGGAAAAACAUCACUGGAUAUUGCGGCCAGAGGCAAUCAUGUGAACGUGGUCGAUAUGAUUAUUAAAGCUGAUAGAUUUUACAAAUGGGAACAGGACAAUGUAACCUGCUCUGACUCAUUAGUGGGAAGGAAUGUGACCUUCAGACAAGACCAUCAGCAGGAGACCCAGCACAUUCGCUCAAUCUUAUGGAAGUUAGCCACAAAAAACCUGAAAGCUGGGGAGUGGAAGUCACUGGCACAGCACUGGCACUUCACAGACGCACACAUUCGAGCCAUAGAACAUGAAUGGACAGGUACUAAAAGCUAUAGGGACCAUGGGCAUCGUAUGUUGCUGAUCUGGCUGCAUGGUGUAUUGAUUGCUGGGGAAAACCCCAUUAAAAGCUUAUACGAAGGACUUAUGGGAAUCUCAAUGGUGGAUCUUGCAGAGAGUAUGCGACAACAGGCCAAUGCUGACCCUUACACUCCUAAGAAGUGUGCAACAAUGUGAAAAAAAUUGUC